UAAAGUCGUACAUUUAGUUCUUAACGUCAAGAUGGCGAUGUUUUUGUUUGGACUAAUAAGCGCAAUAGCGUUAAUACAGACCUUCUUGUCUUUACUAUUUAUUGUUGGUUUGCUUUACCGUAUAAAUAAGAAGAAAGAUACUGUCUGCAUAGUGGUCUUAGGGGAUAUUGGAAGAAGUCCUAGAAUGCAGUACCAUGCUGUGUCUUAUUUGAAAGAAAAUUUUAAGGUCAAGAUUCUUGGGUUUUACGGAUCAACUCCGAUCAAAUCUCUUCGUGACAACGACAAAGUUUCAUUUGUCCAACUAAACAGACCAUGGGAGAAAUUUAUGUGGAUGCCAGGUGUGGUUAACUAUGUUUUGAAAGCAUUGUAUCAGAGUUUCCAAUUAUUUUUUACACUUCUCUUUAUUGUUGAAAAACCUGGACAUUUUCUGGUACAAAAUCCUCCAUCCAUUCCAACAUUAAGUAUUGUAUGGUUAAUGACUUGUAUAAAAGGCAGUGAUUUAGUUAUUGACUGGCAUAAUUAUGCCUAUUCUAUUUUGAAUCUCAAUAUAAAGCAAGAAAAACAUAUGUUGGUACGUUUUGCAAAAUGGUAUGAAGGAUUCUUUGGAUUUCUUGCUGACAAAAAUAUUUGCGUCACUAAGUCAAUGAAAGCUGAUUUGAAAUUAAAAUGGCAUAUUGGUGCAGAAGUUUUGUAUGACAGACCUCCUGAACAUUUUAAUGAAACUAGUACCAAAGAAAAACAUAAACUUUUUUUAAAACUUGUUACGGAAGGGUACAAGGAAUUUCAAGAUAGUGACCAAUGUACCGUUAUCACAGAAAAAAAUGGAACGGGGCUUAAACAAGAUCGGCCUGCUAUUUUAAUAAGUAGUACCAGCUGGACUGAAGAUGAAGAUUUUGGGAUUCUGUUAAAUGCACUUGAAAUUUACGAAAGAAAAAAGAAAACACAGCCUAAUUUGCCGAAACUUAUUUGCAUUAUAACUGGAAAAGGUCCUUUGAAAAGCUUUUACCAAGAACUCAUACAACAGAUGGAUUUUGCUAAUAUUACUAUUUUAACGCCAUGGCUGUCUCCCGAAGAUUAUCCUAAAAUUAUUGGUAGUGGAGAUCUUGGCAUUUGUCUGCAUACAUCUUCGUCUGGUCUGGACCUACCAAUGAAAGUUGUUGAUAUGUUUGGAUGUAGGCUUCCAGUUUGUGCCGUAAAUUUUAGCUGCCUUCAUGAGUUAGUAGAGCAUGGUGUCAAUGGAUUAACUUUCCAAUCAUCAAAUGAGUUAGCCGAUCAACUUGUCGAAAUUUUGUGUGGUUUCCCAGAUCAUACUGAAAAGUUACAGCAUUUUCGAAAUAAUCUGAUUACAUUUCAAAAUGUAAGAUGGCAUGAAAAUUGGAAGAAUGUUGUUUUACCGAUGAUAUCUAGAAAUUAAAUUAUGAUAUAUUGAAUUACGUAAUUUAGAUUGUCAGUUUUUUGUAUCCUAAUAAAUUACUAUUGUUUCCAUACUACCUGAAGGAAAGAAAUUUUUGUGACUUGAAAUUUUGCCCUAAUUUUGCAAAUGUUACCAAUAGUUCCUGAUUUGCAAAAAUUUGUUCAGCAAAUUGUGGUUUUCAGUUUCAACUUGUGAAAAUUUCUUCUCAGAAAUUCAAAAAUUUUCAAAUGUUAAUUGGUUUUUUGUGUUUGGUAUAAAUUCAUAUAGUAAAAGUGACACAUGUCUAUUUUAUUCUAGUGUAUUUUUAAAUUUUAGAUAAUUCAUUUUUUGGUUUUUGCUAUAAUGAAAUUAUAAUAACAUCUGUGAUUGUAACAAAUUAGUGCAGUAAAAGAUUUAGAAGAUUUAGAUAAAAGGUAAAAGCAUCAAAUUGUGAUACUAUAUAUAAAAGCUUUUGUUUCCAAAAUUAUCUGACGUCUUUAAGUAACAAAAAGGAACCAUAAGAUCUUAUCAUUAUAAAAUGAAGCACCCCAGUAGAAAAAUAUUUUUGUAAUUAUGAUAAAAGAAGACUUCUAUGCUGCAAAGUUAUAGGCCACUUCAACUUAAUUAGUUGUUCUACGGAUGAAGUCGAUGGUACUGUCGAUUGGUCAGGGAAAUAAAAAUAAUUUUAUUGAGAAUGUAUGGUCGGAACAACAACAACAACAAAAUAAUAAAAAACAACGGAGAAGGGUGUUACAACAAGCAUAUUUUUCUAUUUAUUUUCACAUCGUGCACGCAGUUAAUAGUUUUUGUUGCGAAGAAAAAAAUAAUAAUUUGUCUAACUGAAAAAAUGUUUAGAUAAAUUUUUUUCUUGUUUUGAAUUAUUAAAAUGACUAGCUGUCAAAAUGAAAAAAUAAAAACAUUGCAUGCUCAAAAAUUGACAUUACACUAAACAUAACGUUUAACAUUACGUUAAACAUAAUGAAGGAGGGUGUUACGACAAUAAUCUGUCUUGUUUCUCACUUGUAUUAUAUUGUAGCAAAAGUAGCUAAUCUUUAUCCAUCUAUAGUUAUUUUUGGUAAUUACAAAAUUAGCGCAUUGCGCAUUGUAGCUUCAUCAAAACAAAUUACCAUGAACAAAGAAUCAACUUCCAUUGGCCUUACCAAUGGUGGUCCUAAAGUAACUUUACUUAUUCACCCUGUUUAGUAUAAUUGUAGAUUGACAUUCAACUGAAAAAAAUUACAUCGUUGAUUAUCUUCUAUGCUCAUAUUUUCACGAGAUGGGAUGAAAAAAACGUGUUGUUUUUUUCAAUUUUUUUAUUUAAAGCUUUUUGCUUGAUGUUAUUUUUUUUUUGUUUUGUUUUCAGUUGGUCUGUCUGUUCGUAGAACUAAUUAAGUGAGGGUUGUCUUAACAGAAAAAAUGUAUUCGGUAAA